UCAUAUCCAUAUGGUAUUUGCACGACAAACCGGAUGUUAUCACAGAUAUAUAUUUCAUUGGGUAAUAAUUUCCCCAUUUUGUGUUGUUAGUCAGAUCUCCAAAGUCAUUGAUCCACAAUGAAGACUGGAGUAAAAGGAAUUCUUAUCGUCGCCAUCGUCAUAAGUAGUUGUGUUCUAGACACAGCAGCAUAUGUCCAUCAUUUAAAUCCUAGUGAUCACCAGAGGGUACUAUUAAAGUCAGCUUCCAAAUAUGCUCAGAAUAAUGAAAAUAUUGCCAAUGGAAUCAUCACUGGGGGACUCACUAUUGCUGGAUUAUACGCUUUGUUGAAGAGAAUACCUGGUGUUGGGGAAUUUCUAUUGAAAAUUGGAUUGUUAUUUAAAGCAAGCACAGGACAGGUAGGACAAUUAUAUCAUAUAAUAAGCUGCAGUGAAUUUAAUUUUCAGUGUAUUGAGAUACAUGACAGUUGUUCUCAUCUUUAUAGUUACACAUGUAGUUGUGACACAUUAUAUUAUUUCAACAACGUAUUGAUUGUAAAUCACUGUAAGAUAAAGUAUAUGAUGUAAUUAUCACACACUGAAGGAAGCAU